AUGUCCCAAUACAAGAUGAGAACGGGAUGUGCCAUUGUGCUCCUCCUUCUUGCUUUUACCACAUUGAUCUCGUAUUCCUUGGCUGAAACACUUCAAUCAGGAGUUAUUUGUAUUAGUAAUGAUGCUUCUUGGUGGCACGCCACUCUUCGUACAGGUAGACCAGAUCUUCAUGUUGACCUCUAUUUGAAACUACAAGGCUACAGUGAUGUUUCUCACAAUUUUGUUGGUGGUAUUCAAUUUAAAGUGAUUGAAAAGACAGGACCUCCCUUUGGAGUGCAAACAUCUAUUGUCGGUGUGGAAUUACACGGAGGAUAUACUGUUGAUGAAGAAGUGGGUAACAUGACUAUUUCAUCUCUUGCUUGUACUACAUUGGUGAAUAGCAACUCCGGAAUGGAUAAUGCUGCCAUUUGUAACAAGUUCAGCAAUUUAUUUGCUGCUCACAAUUUGUUAUUUACUGCAAUUGGAGAUUGUGAUGGAGUUUCUCUCAACGGAUUUAGUUCUUCUUUUUAUAAGAAGGCUAUUUCAUUUAUGACAUCAUCUGAUCCAGCAACAAGUUGUGAUUUCCGUGGAUCUAGUGCUGGUAAAGUUGAUAACUGGUGGUAUACCAGCAAUAAGAGAAUCUAUGACUCGAAGUAUUCAGUGAGAGAAGAUAUUUUCUUCAAAGUUGAAAGUGAUAAUAAGAAGUUUACCAUGUCACAAGUUGCAUAUUUGAAGGAGGGUGGUGUUGUUGAUUGUAAUGUGAACACACUCAUUGCAACAUUCAAAGGAAACUUCUAUUUCAAUCCACAACUUUCUGUUAUUGUCGCAAAUCACACAGAAUGUCAAGUAAUCCAAGGUUCAGAUUAUCCUGGAUGCAAUUUGUGCUCAAAUGGUCACAAUUUCUUCAUGAAUGGUCCAGUCCAUUGGCUCUCCAAUUCCACUUGCUCAAAUUGGAUUUAUGAAAGCGGUGCUCCAGAUAGCGGUGUUGAUGUUUUGGACUUUUCUUUCAAAGUCACUACUCUUCAACCACCUACUUCUGAGUCUGAAAUUACCAUGCUCAUUAUUGCUAUUGCAAUUAUUGCCUGUAUUCUCGUCAUUUCAGUUCCUUUCUUUUUCAUUGUUGUCAGAGAUUGCAGAAGAUACAGAGAAGAAAAACUCAGAGGAGGCGCCCAACAAAUUUGA